UUUUUUUCCAGAGAUCGCGCUCUUGAAAAACCAUUGUUUUUAAUUUUCCAAACGAGUUAUAUUUUUCUGCCUGCUGUUCGUCAAAUUAUGGCUGAAAAGGCACACAUUCACUUGUGAUCUGAGUGAAUUGAUGACGUGAAGUUUCUAUACAAGUAACGCGACGUCGUGAUUUCAACUCGAACGUGUUUUCGCGAGUUGACCAACGGUUAAAUCUCUGGGAUUUGACGCAAACAGUGGAAAAAAAUACAUCGUCACAUUGUCAAGAAAGACUUGAGAUAAUUUACGAGCCGCACCUCAUCGUCAGCUCAACGGAACUGUUCGAAAUUCGAUUUGGGAAACUCCGCGAUGAUAUACGUCGAUGAAACGGAUCCUCCAGAAGAGUCGACUGACGAAGCGGACUGGAAACUGCCCCGACCUGACCACAUCAGGUCGCCGGACGACAAGGUCACCGAUCACUAUGAAUUAGGACAGAGGCUCGGGAGGGCUUUUGAGGCGACCCGUCGAAGGGGAUCCCGCAUUGACGGGUCGAAUGUUGAAGGGGUUUUUCUGACUCUCGGGUGGGUUUGUUUGAAAUGGGGGUGGGGUUCCUAUAACAGCGGGCGAUUCGGGGUCGUGUACCGGUGCAAAGAGAAGUCCACGGGCCGCGUUUUCGCUGCCAAAUACGUGACGACGCCGAAGAAAACCGACCGACAGGACGUGGAACGGGAAGUAAACAUCAUGCGGAAGCUCCAACACCCGAGGUUGCUUCAGCUCUACGAAGCCUUCGACGACCCGCGCAAGAAAGAGAUGGUCCUCAUCCUCGAACUGAUCGAGGGAGGAGAAUUGUUUGAACGGGUGAUAGACGACGAUUUCGUGCUCACGGAAAAGGCUUGCUCGAUAUUUCUGCGCCAAAUUUGCGAAGGAGUCGACUACAUGCACACGAAAAACAUUCUCCAUCUCGACAUGAAGCCGGAAAAUGUGUUGUGCUUGACGAGAACCGGGAACCGGAUCAAGCUAAUCGACUUUGGCUUAGCUCGUCAGUACGACCCGAAAAAGCCGCUGCGGUUGUUGCACGGCACACCGGAGUUCGUCGCACCGGAAGUUGUCAACUAUGACGAGGUCGACUUUGGCACCGACAUGUGGUCUGUCGGCGUCAUCACGUAUGUCCUGCUUUCGGGAUUAUCCCCGUUCAUGGGCGACAAUGAUAACGAGACCUUGGAGAAUGUCCGUAUCGGACAGUAUGAUUUUGAUGACGACGCCUUCGAUGAAAUCUCCGACGAAGCCAAGGAUUUCAUCAACAAACUUCUCGUCAAGGAUAAAAGGUAUCGUAACUGGAUUUCUUGA